AUGUUUCAGACGCGCAGCGAGUACGACCGGGGCGUGAACACGUUCAGCCCGGAGGGACGGUUGUUUCAGGUGGAGUACGCCAUCGAGGCGAUCAAGCUCGGGUCGACGGCGAUCGCGAUAAAGACGCGCGAGGGCGUGGUGCUGGCGGUGGAGAAGCGCGCGACGUCGCCGCUGAUGGACGCGUCGUCGCUGGAGAAGAUCGCGGAGAUCGACGCGCACGUGGGGUGCGCGGUGAGCGGGCUGACGGCGGACGCGUGGACGAUGGUGGAACACGGACGGGCGGAGUGCCAGAAUCAUUACUUUACGUAUAACGAACCGAUGCCGGUGCUGAGCUGCACGACGUCGCUGUGCGAACUGGCGAUGUCGUUCGCGGGCGAGGGGGAGAAGAGAAUGUCGAGACCGUUCGGGGUGGCGCUGUUGGUGGCGGGGAAGGAUGAGGACGGGUAUCACUUGGUGCACACGGAUCCGAGCGGUACGGCGGUGCAAUAUAAAGCGAAAGCGAUCGGAAGCGGGAGCGAAGGCGCGCAGACGGCGCUGCAAGAGGAAUAUAGAGACGAUUUGACGCUCAAAGAGGCGGAGACGCUGGCGUUGAAGACGUUGAAGGCGGUCAUGGAGGAAAAGGUCAACACGACGAACGUCGACAUGGCGCGCGUGGCGCCGGCGUACGUCAAGUAUUCCGACGCCGCGAUUCAGGAAAUCAUCGAUCGUUUAUGA